CCAAUGUCCUCCUUCUCUCUGUAUACAGACGAAGUUCUGAGAGUGUACACACAGCCCACGGCUCGUGUAAGAUCGUGGUGUGAUCUUGGUUAUAACCUUCAUAGAAAAUCUAACUUUUCUAGAAAAUGGGUUCAGAAUUUGAAGAAUUAUCAAAUGACGCAGAUAUCAUUUCGAAAAUUCAACAAUUUCGAGAGGCGACGAUAAGGAUAGACGAUACAAUUAAACUUGCUCUAAAUCCAGCAACGUACGAGACACUUUCGAACACAGAUAAAGUCGAAUACAAUCUACUGUUAUCUUAUUGUUUGAACAGUAUGUUUUGGAUGUAUUUACGUGCGGAAGGAACUGAUCCAGCAAAACACCGUAUAAGGUCGGAAAAUGAACGUUUAAAGAAGUCUAUGUUACGAGCAAAACAAAUAAACGACAGGAAGACUCUAAUGCCGCGUAUAAAUAAAGAUGCGGCCCAGAGAUUUGUUAGAAAUGGAUUAUGGGAAAUAAAGAAAAAAGACAAGUAAUAUUAAAAAAAUUGAAUAUCCGAAUGUAAAUAGAUGGACAUAUAAACCGUACAUAAUAUUCAAUUUUAUAUCAUACUGAA